AGUACCGUAUCUGUCCCAAAGUCCCCACCGUUUCAUGAUCAUCUCCAACUCCAACUCCAAUAGUCCAAAACUCAGAAGAGUAUCAGUUCAGAGCAAAGGAAUCCGAAGAGAUCGAAUCGGCGAAAAUGGGAGUCGACGAUCUCCCAAUGGACGACAAGGCGAAGCGAAUGAGAGAUCUGCUCUCAAGUUUCUACUCUCCCGAUCCUUCAAUAUCUCCCUCUCCCGAUUCGCCGUCGUCUAGACCUCAACAAAUCACCCUCGACGACAUCAACUCCACCUCCUUCGAUCCUGAUCACUACAUGAAUUUCUUGGUGGAAAAGUCGAAUUUAGAAGGGCUGCUGCAAAGGCAUGUAGAAAUGGCAGCCGAGAUUAAGAAUCUCGAUACUGACUUGCAAAUGUUGGUUUAUGAAAAUUAUAACAAGUUUAUUAGUGCUACCGAUACGAUUAAGAGGAUGAAAACUAACAUUGUAGGCAUGGAGUCAAAUAUGGAAGGGCUUCUUGAGAAGAUAAUGUCUGUGCAAUCUAGAAGUGAUGGGGUGAACACUUCACUAUUUGAAAAGAGAGAACACAUAGAGAAAUUGCAUCGCACGUAUAACCUUCUUCGCAAAGUUCAGUUCAUUUUUGAUCUACCCAUGAGACUUGGAAAGUGUAUCAAAUCCGAGGCCUAUGCUGAUGCAGUCAGGUUCUACAUUGGAGCUAUGCCAAUUUUUAAGGCAUAUGGAGACUCAUCAUUCCAGGACUGUAAGCAAGCUUCUGAAGAAGCAAUGGCUAUAAUUAUAAAGAACUUGCAGGGAAAGCUAUUCUCAGAUUCUGAAUCCAUACAAGCAAGAGCUGAGGCUGCAGUGCUUCUUAAGCAGUUAGAUUUUCCGGUGGAAAGCUUAAAGGCUAGACUACUGGAAAAAUUGGCACAGUCUCUUGCAGAUCUUCAGCUUAAGACUAAAGAACUAAGCAAUGCUUCAGUAGAUUCUAAGGAUUCUUCUAAAGAAGAAAGCAUUCCUUGUUCAGAACCUGCUGCUGCUCAUGAGGCAUCUGUUCGUGAGUUUGCAGAGGCUCUCCGUGCUUAUUGUGUGAUAUUUCCUGAUUCAGAAAACCAACUAGUGAAACUUGCACAAGAUCUGGUUACCAAGCAUUUUGAAACAACUGGAGAAUACGUAAAGGAGCGGAUUUGUUCUGCUGAGCUAUUGCGUGUUCUUCGAGUUAUUUGGAAAGAUGUGCUUCUGAUGGAUGAGGUGUUGCAUGAGGCUGCACUCCCUGAUUAUUCUUUGGAGGCUGCCAAGGUUGCUGUCAAACAGUAUGUUGCCAGCAGAUUUUCCCAUCUUCUACAUGAUAUCUCAGAUGCCCUUACAAAAGUACAUGUUAGACAAAAGGAUGGAGGAAAAGAGUAUUCCUUGCAGGUUGUUCUGGAGACCAGCAAAAAGGCAGUGCUUCAAGGCAGCAUGGACGUCUUACUGGACUUCCGCCAAAUUCUUGAAGACAACUUGGAGCUACUAGUCAACCUGAAAGACUUGAUUAUUGAUUUGGUUCAAGAAGGAUUUCAAGAUUUCUUCAGGGCACUUGAUGAUCACUUCCUUCUGCUUUCAGGAAGAAAUAUUUCACCCAGUCAAGAUCAAGGUUUGAUAGAGGGAACACAAGGUGACAAAGCUUUUGCUGGCCUUGUCCUGGUGCUUGCUCAACUUUCUGUUUUCAUCGAACAAACUGCCAUCCCAAGAAUCACUGAGGAAAUAGCAGCUUCUUUUUCUGGUGGUGGUGCUAGAGGCUAUGAAAAUGGGCCUGCCUUUGUUCCUGGAGAAAUUUGUCGAAUUUUUCGUUCAGCUGGAGAGAAGUUUCUGAACCUUUAUAUAAAAAUGAGAACUCAGAGGAUAUCGCUUCUCCUGAAAAAGAGGUUUACAACACCAAAUUGGAUCAAGCAUAAGGAGCCCAGAGAGGUUCAUAUGUUUGUUGAUUUAUUUCUCCAAGAGCUUGGAGCAAUAGGACGUGAAGUAAAGCAGAUUUUGCCUCAAGGGCUGCGAAGGCAUCGUCGCAAUGACAGCAAUGGAAGCACUGCCUCAUCAAGGAGCAAUCCAUUACGAGAGGAAAAGUUGACUCAGUCCAAUACCCAAAGGGCCAGGAGCCAGCUUUUGGAAACCCAUCUAGCAAAGUUGUUCAAGCAAAAAGUUGAAAUUUUCACAAAAGUUGAAUACACACAGGAGUCCGUGGUAUCAACAAUAGUAAAACUGUCCCUUAAAAGUUUGCAAGAAUUUGUCCGACUCCAGACUUUCAAUCGGAGUGGAUUCCAGCAAAUUCAGUUGGAUAUUCAGUUCCUAAGGACUCCUUUAAAGGAAAAUGUUGAAGAUGAAGCUGCUGUUGACUUUCUGCUUGAUGAGGUGAUUGUUGGUGCUUCGGAGCGUUGUCUUGACCCAAUUCCUUUGGAGCCCCCCAUUUUGGACAAACUAAUACAGGCAAAGUUGGCAAAAACCAGGGAUCAGAUUCCUAGCGCUUCAUAAACAUCUGAUGGUGGUGAGAUUGGCAAUCACGGUGACCUUUCAUUCUCAGUUGCUCAAGGGAUGUUCCUUCUUUAAUCCUGCACCAGCAUAUCUAAAUAUGAGUCUCCCUAGUUUCUACUCACAUUCUUUCUUUCAGAGGUGUCAGUUGAAUUCAUUUUCAAGGCGUAUAUUGGAUGCUUUUUGAUUGUAUUGCUUCGGAAUGUCUUCUGGAAAAGUGUUUCAACUUUCCUAGUCUUCCGGUUGAGGACUAAUAGUCUUUGGUCAGCAGACUUGCACCCUAUAAAGCCAAUAAUUUUUUUCAUCCUAUUAUAGUUUGUGACGGGGGAACCACAGGGUUACUUAGUUCCCUUUUCCCUCUUGUAAUUUAGUAUUUGUGAAGAUUACGGCAAUCUUUCUAUCAUCCAUUAUUAAAAAGCCCUCUAGCAGUUGUAUUUGUACAUUAUAACGAUAUACAGGAUGUGGCAGUUUUUCUUUC